AUGACUAUAGAAGGUGAGCUGAAGCACCAAGCGGAAAUGGCAGAGAACGCGGAGAAAGGCGAGGCUCUUCAGCACCAAGAUAUGGCAUCUGAGAGCAGUGCCGCUCUCGAAUAUUCUGAGCGCGAGAAAGCACUAGUCUGGAAGCAGGACCUACGGGUCGUGCCUUUGGCAGCCUUUAUUUACUUGCUCUGCUAUCUGGAUCGUUCGAACAUUGGCAAUGCCAAAACUUUGGAUGCGAAUACGCACAAUGACUUGGUAUCCGAGACCGGUAUCACUUCAUACCAGUAUACAAGCAGCAUUGCCCUCAUGGUCUUCCUGAUUGCAUACGCGAUCUUUGAGGUUCCCUCCAACUAUCUACUGAAGAAGCUGAGGCCAAGUCGAUGGAUUGCCUUCCUGAUGUUCUCUUGGGGUGCAAUCACGAUGGGCUUAGGCGCCGUUCACAACUAUGGCGAGCUCACCGGAGUUCGGUUUCUUCUGGGCACAGUGGAAGCGGGCCUGUUCCCCGGCCUGGUGUACUACCUAACCUUCUGGUAUCGCGUGUCAGAGCGAUCGCUACGGGUAGCCUUGAUCCUAGCCUCUGCCACCUUAGCAGGCGCAUUCGGUGGUGCAAUCGCCUAUGGUGUGGGGCAGAUGAAUGGUGCCCAUGGCCUGUCUGCGUGGAGGUGGCUCUUUAUCAUUGAAGGGGCGCCAUCUUGUGCAUCUGCGGUACUUGUCUGGUUCUUCCUACCAGAUUAUCCAGAGACGGCGCACUGGCUCUCGACCGAGGAAAAGGAGCUUGCAAAGGAACGACUAGCGCUCGAGGGCUCGCACGGAGAGGCGGGUGGAUUGACGUGGGAAGAAGCGAAGAAGACCCUGAUCGAUUGGCGGCUUUAUGCCCAUUAUGCGAUUUACUUCGGCAUCUCAACGCCCUUUUCAAGUCUUUCCCUUUUCACACCAUCGAUCACGGCUGGUCUUGGAUUCUCGAACUUACGCGCGCAGCUCAUGACAGUUCCCCCAUAUGCAACCGCAUAUGUGGUGACCCUUGUUGUUGCAUGGUCUGCUGACCAUUUCAAUGCUCGCGGCUUACAUUCCACCUGUUUGGCCCUGAUUGGCGCCAUCGGCUUCCUAGCAUCUGCCCUCUUACCGGCCGAAUCAUAUGCUCAACGUUAUGGCUGUUUGAUUGUCGCAGCCAGUGGCAGCUUUGCCUGCAUUCCACCCCUACUUGGCUGGCUAUCAUCGAACCUGCAUUCAACAGCUGCCGCCGGACUGGCGAUCGCGCUGAAUAUAUCUUUUGGCGCACCCGGUCAAAUCGUCGGAGUCUGGAUCUACAAGGCCGACGAAAAGACUAAGGGCUAUCCAACGGGCCAUUGGACUAAUGCAGCGCUGCUAUUUUUUGUGGCUGUCGGGUGCGUCUUGCUACGGAUCUAUUAUGGGUUGUUGAAUCGACGGGGCACAACUGUCAAGCCGUAUUCAUAUUAG